AUGCCGGCCGAUCGAGUUCCGUGCGAUCAAUGCCGCCAACGUCGAAUUCGUUGCGAUGGUAUGCUUCCUUGCACGCCCUGCCAGCGUGCCCAGCUGGGGUGCAGUCGGGAAUACGUCCGCAAGCGACGCGGUCCCAAAUACGGUGGUGGGAAGAAGAUCCAGGCGCUUAGGACUGAUCAAUUGCUCUCAGCUCAAGAAAAUGCUCGCGGUGGGAUGGGACGAGACGGCCUUCUAUCUGCUGAGGAAUUGUCACAGCUGAUGGAGCUUUGCGUUCACAUUUACGUAGAACGCAUGUAUCUUGUUAUACCGCUUUUCCGAUCCUCCGACCUGAUCCAGAGGCUGAAGAGACCACUGGCACCUAAUGAAUACGGCAUGCUCUGCGCUCUGUGUGCUAUGGUGAUUACCUUCAUGUGCGACAGGAGCGACUAUAUCAUCCAAGGAAUGGAAUGGCGACUGGUUGCGCAGUCUCUUCUAGAAAAAUGUCUGGCUACGCGGUCGACUUACAAUUUUAUUGAGGACAACACAGUCAUGACUCUCCUUGGCUCAUUUUUCAUGGCCGUGUCGCAUUUUGAGUUGGGCGAUAGUCGGAGUAGUUGGUUCUAUCUCCGCGAAGCAAUUACGCUGGCCCAGGGACUUGGAUUGGAUACAGGUACUUUCCAGGACGGUUUGGAUAAUUCUGAUGGUGUAUUUCACCGUCGGAUCUACAACAUUCUCUUCGUUACCGAGAGAUCACUUGCGAUAUCCAGGCAUAAGCCUGUCCUGCUAUCACAUGCAUUGCAACCACUAUCUGAGAUGAUGGAUGGGGCGCAACCAGACGUAGACGCCGGGUUUUGUCAGCUCGUUCGGGUCUACUCCCAAAUCGACGUCGGGUUCAUUGACUUCUGGAGGAAGGAAAAUACAGCUUCUUCUACACCACCCUGGAAGACUGGCGAUAUUCAACUGAUUACGGAUUGCCCCUUACUGCCUGACACCCAAAAAGCCGAUAUUCUUGUAACGCAACACUGGCUCGAGUACGUCUUCUGGAAGGCGGCUCUCAGACAGGGCCUGAUAUCUCGACAAGCGGUGAUUCGGUCUAGAACCUUUCAAUAUCCGGAGGACCUGGCGUUGUCACUCCUGCAGGUCUUGUCAAAACUGCCCUCCGAGGCCGUGGAGCUCCAUGGACUGGGAAUUUUUGAAAAGAUUUCCGAUGUUGCCAAUACUUUGGCGGACCUGGCAAUUUGCUCGGUCAAAAUAGCUGGCUGGACAGAAGCAGUGGCGCAAAACUUAGAUCGGCUAGCCGCGCUGCAGGGGCAUCUCUCGAUGACCCCAAAUUCACAUUCAAAGUACGCCAAAUUCCUGGGCUCGCGCGUUGCCCAGCUGUCUCUCUGCUAUGGCAGCUUGUCUGACAUGGUGGGCGCGUCCGGAUAUCUACAUACCGAUUCAACAGAGGAGGGCCGGCAAGGUGAAGGGAUAACAUUAUCUUAUCCUCUAACCAAAACUUAG